GGUCUCACACAAUUCGGUUAGGCACGUGGAAAUCAAAGCACAACCAUCAGCCAACCCGCGUCCGACCACAUGGGUUAUGGGUUUGGCGGGAACUUUCACCGCCCCUAUCACUUUAGGGCUCCAAAAUAUAAAAGAAGUAGCAUUUUAAGAAUUUUCAAUCUGUUUGUAUAAUCUCGGAUUCUCUCCUGUUCUGAUACUUCCGAUUCGCCUUCUUGUAAGUCGAUUCAACGCACAGCACCAGGAAAUGGAUACAUCAAACCCAGCUGUUCUUGUGAAUGCUGACCUGCUUCGCAGUUACGUGGGCAGAAGAGUACGGACAGUGAUUCAGGUAAUUCGGCCUGAUGCUGGUGGUCUCAUUGGGAGAUCGACAGAUGAAAAGCAAAUUGUUGUAAAGGGUCAUCCGCCGUCUCCUCUUACUACUUUCAUUGAAGUAAUUGGUGUUGCUGAUACUACACAAUCCAUCUGUGCAGAGAUAAUGACCAACUUUGGCGAUACAUUUGAUACAAAUAACUUCAACCAACUUUGCCAACUUGCUAAUGGGGACUUUAGGCACUUGUUUAUCUAAGGAGUCUCUCUGCUAUGAAUGAUCCCAGAUGCCUCUGCUUUGAUCGAGAUCGAACCUUGGCUAUUCCUGUAACCUUUGUGGAUCUUUUUCCAUUUUGUUGGCAUUUCGUAUCAAUUGCGUGGCUGUGCUAAUGCAAAAAGUUUGGACCUUGUCUUGC